GCCCACGGGGAUCGCAGUCGGGCAGCACCGGGUCGUUGCAGCAUUACUGCCUCCAGUCAGCGCUGUCAUUCAGCGCCCAGAAGACCGGUUCCCUCACUGUCACACUGACGCAGUAAUCAUUGUAGCUACAGACGAGAUCAAGCGGAUAUGCGGAAACCAUAAUAGACGGGGCAUUGCAAAUACAAAGACAAUCCCCAUAACACCCACCGGAGCAGCUAGGACGAGCUUCUCUUAUCAGUCACCGGCGUUGGAUCCCCCACAUCAUUAGAGGCUAACGGUACACAACAGAGCCCGAGGACCGAAGGCCUCGAUGCGCAGAGAAGCACCAGCCAGCACACGCGAGUAUUAUUGAAGUUAGCCUAGCCUAGCUGUUAGCUGGCUAGUAGCAUGCGCUGCUCAGAAAGCAGUUGAGUGUUAGCUGCUGCCAGUUUGCUAUUAGCUUAAUCGUCGAAGUUCGCUGUUGCUUGCAUUAAAAAUACACAUUGAACGCGUGGAAGUUCCACUAAUGAAUCGACAUAAUGCUUUGUCAAAUUGUACGCAAGUUACUGUGUUCGCGGUAUAUGAAGUUAACAUUGACACUAACGUUAGUUAGCCGCGACAGUCCGCUUUCCCUAUGUUCAACGUUAUAAUGAUAUUACCAACUUUUAAAUGUAGUAGCAACUGACUAACCUCUAGGAACAUUAACUAACUAUAUAUUACGUAAGAUUCGGGUAUUUACUAAUGUUAGUAAAGAGAUGAAAACAUCUCAUCCAUACAAAGAACUAAACUCAGCUUCUUCUGUCAGAUGAACUCUUGUUGUGUAGAGUUUAUGUAACGUUGGUGUUUGCUAAACAACAGUGCUUGUAACUGGAGAUGCUUACACUUCAAGACAAUCAACUUCAUUUGCAUCACAUGGCAUCAGAUGCCGCACUUUAAAUUGACCGCUUCGCCUGUUCCUUCAAAGUUAAGCGUCAUCGACAUGGCAGAAAGUGCGGGGCUGCAGUUUGUCAGCUGCUUCGCUUUUGAGGCCAUGCAGAAGGUGGAUGUGGGGCGGCUCGCUGCCCUGAGUGACCCGGAGCUGCGGCUGCUGCUGCCCUGCCUGGUGAGGAUGGCUCUGUGUGCCCCAGCUGAUCAGAGCCAGUCAUGGGCACAAGACAAGAAGCUCAUCCUCCGCCUGCUCUCCGGGGUGGAAGCUGUCAACUCCAUUGUGGCGCUGUUGUCUGUGGACUUCCAUGCCUUGGAGCAGGACGCACGGAAGGAGCAGCAGCUCAGGCACAAGGCAGGUGGCUCAAAUGGAGAAAGCAUCCUGGUGUCACAGCUGCAGCACGGCCUGACCCUGGAGUUUGAACACAGUGAUCCCCUGAGGAGACUCCGUCUAACCCUAAGUGAACUGCUGGCUAUCAUGAACAAGGUGGUUGACUCAAAUGGAGAGUUUUUCUUAAAGUCUUCUGAACUAUUCGAAAGCCCUGUGUACUUGGACGAGGUCGCUGAUGUCCUCUGCAUUUUACAAGCAGAGCUGCCUUCCCUGCUCCCCAUUGUGGACGUGGCAGAGGCUUUGCUGCAUGUACGCAAUGGAUACUGGUUUCUGUGUCUGUUGGUUGCCAACGUCCCUGAUAGCUUCAAUGAAGUUUGCAGAGGUUUAAUUAAGAACGGCGAGCGUCAGGAUGAGGAGAGUGUGGGUGGUCGACGCAGGACUGAAGCCCUCAGGCAGUUGUGUCAGAUGAACCCGUCACAGGCCCUCAACAUCAGAGCCAUGGUGGGAGAGGAGUGUCACCUGCCUGGUCUGGGCGUGGCUCUGACUCUGGACUACAGACCAGAUAAAGCGGACGAGGCCGUCAGUCCUCUAGUCUCUUAUGUCAGUGGUCUACUACUUGGUACCAAUAGCAAAGUUCGCACCUGGUUCAGCAUGUUCAUUCGCAACGGACAACAGCGAAAGAGGGAAAGCAGUUCGGUUCUGUGGCAGAUGCGCAGACAGCUGCUGCUGGAGCUCGUCGCCAUCCUGCCGCGCUCACGCAGCACCCACGUGCCCAAUGACGGCAACAUGGAGGAGGUCAGCUCGGGGUACUCUGGGCUCAGAGAGGAACACGUGGUGAAGGCCAGCGCGCUCCUCCGACUCUACUGCGCCCUCAUGGGCAUCGCCGUCCUCAGACCCACAGAUGAAGAGGCAGAGCAGCUCUUGCAGCUGAUGACCAGCCGACCCCCGGCCACGCCCGCUGGCGUCCGCUUUGUCUCUUUGUCCUUCUGCAAGUUGCUGGCCUUCCCAACACUGGUCAGCACCCCUGAGCAGGAACAGCUGAUGGUCAUGUGGCUCAGCUGGAUGAUCAAAGAGGAGGAAUACUUUGAGAGUGCUGCAGGCGUAUCCGCUUCUUUUGGAGAGAUGCUAUUACUGGUUGCCAUGUAUUUCCAUAGCAACCAGCUCAGCUCCAUUAUUGAGUUGGUGUGCUCUACUUUGGGGAUGAAGAUUGCCAUCAAGCCCAGCUCUCUUAGCAAGAUGAAGACUAUCUUCACACAAGAAAUCUUCACAGAACAGGUCGUUACAGCACAUGCGGUUAGGGUGGCAGUGACCAACAGCUUAAGUGCCAACAUCACAGGAUUCCUCCCAAUUCACUGUAUCUACCAGCUGCUCCGGAGCCGGGCUUUCACCAAGCACAAAGUGUCCAUCAAGGAUUGGAUCUAUCGGCAGCUCUGUGAGACGACCACCCCCAUCCACACCCAACUGUUUCCCCUAAUCGAUGCCUAUAUCAACUCCAUCCUCACUCCAGCAUCCAAGGCCAACCCAGAGGCCACCAACCAGCCCAUCACUGAGCAAGAGAUCCUCAAUGUCUUCCAGAGCUCUGCUGGGCAAGGGGAAGGAAGUCGAGGAGGACGUCAACACUACUCCAUUACCACCCAACUCCUCAUCCUCUACUACAUCCUGUCUUAUGAGGAGAACCUGUUGGCGAGCACCAAACAACUGGCCCUGAUGCAGAGGAAGCCAAAGUCCUACUCCGCAGCAUUGAUGGACCAGAUCCCCAUCAAGUACUUGGUUACACAGGCCCAGGGACUGCAGCAGGAGCUCGGGGGUCUGCACUCGUCCCUGCUGAAGCUGCUGGCCACCAACUACCCUCAUCUAUGUCUGGUGGAGGACUGGGUCUGUGAGGAGGAGGUGACUGGUACCCUGCCGCUGCUGAGGAGGAUGAUGCUCCCCAGCAACACCUGCAGAUACACUCAGAGCCAGCUCCAUCAAGCUUUCCAGAAGCUGCCAUCCAGCAGUCCCAGGCUGAUGCGGAUCCUGGAACAUUUAACGCUGCUUUCUCCUGGAGACCUCAUCUCUUAUUCGGAGGCCCUCACAGCCAGCAUGGCUCUGCUGCUGGAGCCUGCUGUGCCCCGCCGAAUACUGCAGACACUCAACAAGCUCUGGAUGGGCCUCAACACUGUGAUGCCCCGCAGGCUGUGGGUGAUGACCGUAAACGCUCUACAACCUUCGGCUAAGCUGCUCGGGCAGCAGCAAUACACUCAAAACGACCUGAUGGUGGACCCGCUCAUUGUGCUGCGCUGUGAUCAACGCGUGUACAGGUGUCCUCCUCUGAUGGACAUUGUGCUUCACAUGCUGAACGGCUACCUGCUGGCCUCCAAAGCCUACCUACACUGCCACCUGAAGGAGACGGCUGACUUUGAUCGGCAAAGCCAGACGGUCUCAAACUUGGGGGUACCCGGACAGCCAGAAACACCCGAGGUCACCAGGGAGGAGCUGAAGAACGCUCUUCUAUCUGCACAGGACAGCGCAGCAGUCCAGAUUCUCCUGGAGGUAUGUCUGCCAACGUCCAAAGAGCAGCUGCAGCUGGGGGCCGGCACACAGAGCCUACUAAGUAGCAUUAGGGCCCCUUUGCCAGGGAAAUCAAAAAAGGGCAGCCUGGGGCCUCGAGCCAGAGGGGGUGUGGAAGACGCCGAGCCAGAGGGAGGACUGCUCAGUGACUUGAGGGAGGUGCAAUGUCUCAUCUGUUGUCUGCUGCAUCAGAUGUUCAUUGCCGACCCUAACAUUGCCAAGUUGGUCCACUUUCAGGGUUACCCUCAAGCUCUGCUGCCUCUGACUGUGGCAGGCAUCCCCUCCAUCCAUAUCUGUCUGGAUUUCAUCCCAGAGCUGCUGGCGCAGCCCCAGCUGGAGAAGCAGAUCUUUGCAAUCCAGUUGCUGUCGUACUUGUGCACGCAGUACGCCCUACCCAAGUCUCUGAGUGUGGCCAGGUUGGCCAUCAGUGUCAUGGGCACCCUCCUCACAGUGCUGACUCGUGCCAAGCGUUUCUCAUUCUUCAUGCCCAUCCUGCCGUGCCUGGUGCCCUUCUGCCAGGCCUUCCCGCCGCUCUAUGAUGACGUUGCAGGUCUGCUUGUGCAAGUGGGCCAGGUUUGUGCCUCCGAUGUUGCCACCAAAGCCAGGGACAUUGACCCUCUUAUUGCACGCCUGCAGUAUCUGAAGGAGAAGCCUCAGGGGGCUGCAGCUCCUGGAGGAGACUUCUCGAAGCUGACUUUACCCCAGAGGAUAGCAGAGGAGCAUGGUGGGGCCGACCCGGAUGUCCAGCUCUGCUACUGUGUAGAGGCCACAUUUAUGGACAUCAUUAGCUCCACCCUUCAUGGACUAUAGAUGCACAUAUUCCAGAGGAAGAAGAGGGGACCUUAAACCAACUGAAAGACAUUUGUAUUCCUGAGACAGAUCUUUUCAACACACAUCCAUUCAUCUUCAAGACAUGGACCGAUGUCCCCUUUGUCGUUGGCUGUCAGACGUUUUAUAUCUAUGUUCAGACUGGACCCAUUCUCUAUCAUUUGUGAAAUGGUCGGGAAUGGAUUUUUCUGUAAAUAAAUCAUCGUUAUCAAUUUAGAAUGUGUGUUCAUGUGCUCAGCCAGUUUGUAGAAAUUUAAAUGGGUCCCUUUUAUUGACCUUUUUAAAGGCAUAUUUUUCUAAGCUGUGACCUUUCCUCAGCAACUGAACAAUGGAAAAUCAUUGGAGGCGCUUUUGUACUGUAUUUGUUUGUAAUAAAACAAGAGAACGCCUUUCAUUGAUGAGGCUUGAGAUUUGGGGCAAAGCGAUUAUUUUUUUAGGUCAUGAAUGCAUGUGUCAUCUCAAUCUUGUCUGGUGUCCAGAUGUUUAGUAUUUCUUCUCAAACGUGUCUUGGUCUUGUGGGUUUCCCGACACAGACACCCCGUACUUUGACCACUUGUUUUUAGCCUUUAUAUUCUCAGCUCUUCUAAUGAUUUUAAUUACAAUUAUAUGCAGUGAUAACUCGUCUUUUUGUUUAAUGUACUUAAUGUUAAUUAGUACCACCUGUUCUUUGCCUGUUAUGUCAAGUCCGGGUUUGUAGAACUCCUCCGAUUACAAUUAACACAAUGUCAGUGCUCUGAA